CUUCUUUAGAAAAACUUUCGAAGAAAAGCAGAGCGGCUCUGAUUAAAGAGUUCAAUUCUGAAGGCUCAAAAGAUGAACGACAACGAUGACGAAAACGACAAGUCGUUUCCGGACCACAAGCUCUGCGGCUAUUUAUGCACGGUUCUCACUGUUAAUUCUCCGCCGUCGGCUGAAACGCUGCGUUUCAAGAAGACUCGCUGCGAAAUCUUCGGCGACGGCUUGUACGUCGGGUUCAGGUCCUCGAACGGCGUCGUACUAUCCGUGCUCGAUUCGGUGCCGGAACCGGAGCAAUGCGUGUCGAAAAACGGCGUCGGCGUCGGCGGCGGCGUUUCGAGCGGCAAGAAGAGGAAGAAGAGAGUGAGGAAGAUAGGCCAAGUCCACGGCAGCAUAAGCGUGGUGCACCAGCUUCAGGCGCUUGUUUCUCACAAGUGCGUGAAGAUCGACGCGCGCGUGGUUUGCGUUUUCGGUCCCGAGUCCGAGUCCGCCGAGGCCGAGGCGAGGGCGGUGGUGCUCGUCGACGUGUAUCUGCCGAUCGCCGUGUUAAGCGGCUGGCAGUUCCCCCGGUCCGGCUCGAUCGCCGCCGCGCUUUUUCGGCACUUGAGCUGUGACUGGGGCGAGAGAACUUCGAUGCUUGCUAGUGGACAGCGAUGUAUAGAAGCUCAAGGGGCUGAUAAGAGCGUUUGGAAUCUUUCUGAUUGUCACGUUCUUGGAUGCAAGCUGCAUUACAAUGUCACCGAUUCUUCAAAGAGAAGGCUAUUUGAACUUCAUGAAAUUUUUAAGAGCGUACCCAGCUUGACGAAGAGGGAACAGCUUGAUUCUUCAAGAAUAAUGCCUGUGGAUGGCAUUUAUAGAUCUGGCAUUUGGGAUUUAUCGGAUGACAUUUUGAUUAAUAUGCUAGCUACGCUUGGUCCAACGGACCUUGUGAAGGCUGCUGCAACGUGUUGGCAUCUAAAAUCCUUGGCCGCGUCAAUCAUGCCGUGUAUGAAACUAAAGCUUUUUUCUCAUCAGCAGGCAGCAGUUGAGUGGAUGUUGCAGCGCGAGCGCAAUGCUGAAAUUAUGCCACAUCCUUUAUACAUGGCUUUCUCAGCAGAAGAUGGAUUUAGUUUCUAUGUAAAUAUUGUUUCUGGUGAAAUAGUCACAGGAAUAGCCCCUAGCAUCAAAGAUUUUCGUGGGGGUAUGUUCUGUGAUGAACCUGGCUUAGGCAAGACCAUAACUGCUCUUUCCCUUAUUCUGAAGACACAGGGAACAUGGGCAGAUCCACCAGAAGGGGUGCAAAUAACCUGGUGUAUGCAUAACGGUGACCAGAGAUGUGGCUAUUAUGAGCUUAGUGGUGAUAAUGUCACUGGUGGGAUCAAGUUCUUGGGAAAAAGGGAUGUAGGUCAGAAUGCUCGAAGAGGCAUGGAGGACUUGACCCACUCCUCACCUAAAAGAGCCAGGUUAAUGGGUUUUGAUGAUCAGAUUGCAUUUGAUGAUUUAUUUCCUAGUAGAGGAAAUAAAUCACCUAUAUCUGCAUCCUCUAGUUCAGCAAUGUCUGUGGUUCGAUGCUCUAGGGACUUGAGCUUCAUCAAGAAAAACCUUUGUUCCGAAUAUGAAGGAGCAGCUGGUUUUUCUAAAGAAAAGAAGGGUGGGGGAAAUUCAAGUAGAUUUAAGCGUGCAUCUAUUUGUCCAAGACAUUUUUCUCAGGAAAAGCAAGUUGAAGUUUCAUAUGGAGUAUCAAACUGUUGCAAGAGGCCUGGCAAGGCUGUUGCAGAUUAUCUCGAGUAUAAUGACACCUGGGUUCAAUGUGAUGCUUGUCGUAAGUGGCGAAAGCUUAUAGAAACUAGGGCUGCUGAUGUUACUGCGGUAUGGUUUUGUAGUAUGAAUACUGAUCCUUUAUAUCAGAGCUGUAGUGUUCCUGAAGAAUCUUGGGAUAAUUGCAGCCCAAUAAGAUAUUUACCUGGAUUCUACACCAAAGGAACUUCUGCAGGUGAGGAACGAAAUGUUUCAUUUUUCACCAGUGUGCUUAGGGAGCACUAUCCAUUGAUUAAUUCCGAAACAAAGAAAGCCUUAACUUGGUUGGCUAAACUUACUCCAGAGAAACUCUCACACAUGGAAUCAAUUGGCUUAAGAAGUCCUUACUUAGGCACUUGUGUUAUGCCUGUUAGGAAUGCCCAUGGCUUCUAUAAGAUAUUCAGUGCAUUUGGUCUCAUGAAGAGAGAAGAAAAGGGUAUUUGUAAGUGGUAUUAUCCACGAGAUCUUGACAACUUGGCCUUUGAUGUGGCUGCUCUCAGGAUUUCUCUCUGUGAGCCACUGGAUUCUGUCAGGUUAUAUUUGUCCAGAGCAACCCUAAUUGUUGUUCCAUCAAAUCUAGUUGACCAUUGGAAAACUCAAAUCGAAAAGCAUGUCAGUCCUGGUCAGUUACGUGUGUAUGUUUGGACUGAUCAUAGAAAGCCUCCUGCUCACAGUCUGGCAUGGGAUUAUGAUAUUGUCAUAACAACCGUUAGUCGUUUAAGUGCAGAGUGGAGCCCCCGAAAGAAGAGUGUACUGAUGCAAGUGCAUUGGCUUAGAGUCAUGUUAGAUGAGGGACACACCCUUGGCUCAAGUGUUAACUUGACAAACAAAUUGCAAAUGGCUAUUUCAUUGGUGGCUUCAAAUCGGUGGAUAUUAACAGGAACUCCAACUCCUAACACUCCCAACAGUCAACUAUCACAUCUUCAACCAUUGCUUAAGUUUCUUCAUGAGGAAGCUUUUGGACAGAAUCAAAUGUCUUGGGAAGCUGGUAUUCUUAGGCCAUUUGAAGCAGAGAUGGAGGAGGGACGGUUACGUUUGUUGCAGUUACUUCAGAAGUGCAUGAUCAGCGCAAGAAAGAUGGAUUUGCAAAAUAUUCCACCCUGCAUUAAGAAAGUUAUGUUUCUUGAUUUUACUGAGGAACAUGCAAGAAGUUACAAUGAAUUAGUAGUUACAGUGCGGCGCAAUAUACUAAUGGCUGACUGGAAUGAUCCUUCUCAUGUUGAGAGUCUACUGAAUCCAAAGCAGUGGAAGUCUCGAAGUGCAACUGUCAGAAAUGUCAGGCUGUCUUGCUGUGUGGCUGGACAUAUUAAAGUUACAGAAGCUGGUGAAGAUAUUCAAGAAACAAUGGAUGUUUUAGUUGAAAAGGGUCUGGAUCAUACUGCAGAUGAGUAUACUUAUAUAAAAAAUUACCUCCUCUAUGGUGGGUAUUGUGUCAGAUGUAACGAAUGGUGCCGUUUACCUGUCAUUACACCAUGUAGGCAUCUUUUGUGCCUUGAUUGUGUUGCUUUGGACAGUGAAAAGUGUACUUAUCCUGGAUGUGGUAACUUAUAUGAGAUGGAGUCUCCUGUUGUACUAACCAGGCCAGAAAAUCCUAACCCAAAGUGGCCUGUGCCCAAAGAUCUUAUUGAGUUACAACCAUCAUACAAACAGGAUAACUGGGAUCCUGAUUGGCAAUCAACAUCUAGCAGUAAAGUUACUUACCUUGUACAGAGGUUGAAAGCUUUGCUUGAAGCUAAUAGAGAGGUUGGUCACUACAUGGGAGAAGGCAAAAUUGUGAAGUGUGUGGAUGAGCUAGUUUAUCCCUCUCAGAUGAGUGAUGCAAGGGUCUUGUCCCUGGAUGAUUGCUCUAGAGUGAGCAGUGAGACUCAGAAAUUUUCCCCAGAAAAAGUUUUAAUCUUCUCUCAAUUUCUUGAGCACAUACAUGUCAUUGAACAACAGUUAACUAUUGCAGGUAUCAAAUUUGCUGGGAUGUAUAGUCCAAUGCAUUCUAGCAACAAGAUGAAGUCACUGGCCACGUUUCAGAAUGAUGAAAGUUGUAUGGCACUUUUGAUGGAUGGAAGUGCUGCAUUGGGGCUCGAUUUGAGCUUUGUAACGCAUGUAUUCCUAAUGGAACCAAUUUGGGACAAAAGUAUGGAGGAACAAGUUAUAAGUCGUGCUCAUCGGAUGGGUGCUACUCGGCCUAUUCAUGUGGAAACUUUAGCAAUGCGUGGUACAAUUGAAGAGCAAAUGGUGCACUUCUUACAGGAUGCUGAUGAUCGUAGAAGAUUCUUGAAGGAAGAGUACAGAAAACCUGAUCGUGAAGGGCCAAGAACUCAUCGUACAUUACAUGAUUUUGCUGAGAGCAAUUAUCUCUCUCAGCUUGGUUUUGUGCGCACUAAUCCAAAGAUUUAAAGGUUCAUGAAACAUUUUUUACCAUUGUAACUUUACUUACUUAUCUGUUUAUUCUGUACAGAGAUGGCUCAAAAUAUUCUAGGACAUUCUAAUGAAAUCAUUCAUUCUUUGCACAA